GAGAAUGCAAUAACUGUCUGUUUCUGCGAUCACGUUCCCUUCCUUUUCUCUAAGACCUGCUCCACGCUGCAACUCUCAUCCGGCGGACCGGUUGCCAUGCAGAUCUUCGUGAAAACUCUCGCUGGCAAGAGCAUCACCCUAGAGGUUGCCGAACGGAUCUUUGUGAAAACUGUCGCUGGCAAGACCAUCACCUUAGAGGUCGAGCCAAGUGAUACCAUAAAAAAUGUAAAGGCGAAAAUGCAGGACAAGAAGGGUUGCCAAGCGGAUCUUUGUGAAAACUCUCACUGGCAAGACCAUCACCUUAGAGGUGUCGAGCCAAGUGAUACCAUCGAAAAUGUAAAGGCGAAAAUCCAGAACAAGGAAGGCAUCCCACCCAACCAGCAGCGUUUGAUCUUCGCUGGCAAGCAGCUUGAGGAUGGCUGUAUGCUGUCUGACUACAACGUCCAGAAAGAGUAGACACUGCACUUGGUGCUGUUGCUGUGCGGUGGAGCCAAGCAAAGCACAAGAACAAGAAGCACGUGAUGAAAGUCUGGUUGGCUGUGCUGAAAUUAUGCAAGGGGAACGAGAAUGGCAAGAUCAUUCGCCUGAGGCCUGUGGAGUGGGUGUCAUGGUCGUGCACUAUGUCUACAACAAGCCCAGUGAGGAGUAGACGACGUCGUGGCCACCCGUUGCUGCUUCGUGUAAAAUAAAAACCCACGCCAAA